GGGGAGUGGUUAUAUUUACGACAGUUGCGCUCAGAAGUCGGCUUUAGGAUGCCGGUGGUGUGUUCACGAGCUUCAGCGCGGGUUCUCUCGAAGUUUCUGUGCGCGGGGAGACAGUUAGUCCUCCGGGGUGCGAACGCAGGGCGGCAUUCAUCUUGCUGGAGAGAUCUACACAUAAACACACCCCCAAGCCCCCUAAUAAACCGGUAUAUUUCCCCGGGACCAGGCCCCGGUGUUAUCUCACGUUUAAGUCCAGGAUUUCAGGUCCAGCUGUUGAGGAGGAGCGGCAGCAUGUCUUCAGCCAUGUCACAGAGGAUGGUUUGGGUGGACUUGGAGGUGAGUAUGGGGUCUAUAGCUGUACUGGUUAGCUCAAAGGGGCUGUAUGUUAUGCGGUUAGCUCAGGCUACACAGAGCUAACCGCCGGGGUUAUCCUACACAUGUAUGAUAACGGUGAACUACCUGUGAACUCUAACGUUGAAGAUCAGUCAAGUCCGAUAAAACUGUCAGUGAAUACAGAAGACAUGGUUUUGUCUCAUGUUGACAUGACAAAGUGAAAGUGAACUGCGCAGCCGCAGAAAGCAGAGUGAGUUCAGGGUCAACCAGCUGACCACUGUGAGCUGAGAGGCUGAUUUGGGAUCAGCUGUAUCAGGUACAGCUCCAGGUGGUUCUGGUUUCGCUACAGGUCUAAAAACACAAUGAUGAUGACCCACAGGAGCAGAGCUAGUGAUGUUAUUAAUCACUGAGAGGUGUACAGUCUGAGUCUAAAUGAUGUGAUGUAUUGAAUACAGGUGACUGUGGGAGAUCUAAGUGUGUGUGGUUGUGUGUGUUUCAGAUGACGGGGCUGGAUAUAGAGAAGGAUCAGAUCAUUGAGAUGGCCUGUAUCAUCACGGACUCUGACCUGAACAUUUUAGCUGAGGUAUCACCCACACAUUACCAUCAGCAGACUUAUCCUCUGUCUACACACUGAGAUAAAUAAUGGUUUCUUGGUCCACAGGGGCCAAACCUGAUCAUCAAGCAGCCGGACAAACUGCUGGAUGAGAUGUCAGAAUGGUGCCAGGAGCAUCAUGGGAAGGUAAGUGUGAAUUCAUACAGCCACAGUAUGAUUUCUACACGCACUUGCAGCCACACCUAGUGAGUGAUGUCAGAGAAGGUAUGCUCCCUCUGGUGUGCAUUGCAGCUAAAGUAACCCUAAAGUUUCAAUAGUUUUACACUUUCAAUAUCGUGUGCUGUAAACAACACAAUAUUAGUCGUUUUAUGUUCCAUAUUAAGUAAAGCACUUAAGUAAAUGGGACAAAAAACCACAUAUAUUCAUCCAGGAGCUGCCAUAAAUCAAUGAAAGUGAGAAAGCAAGCAGCAGUGAUCAUUGACAUAGAGAUGAAGUGAAAAGAAAGAACCACAGUUAAGUAAACAAUGCAGGAAAACUAAAAAGAGAACCAAUUUUCUGACUGUUUCUCAGCAAUGAUGCUUGUAAGAAUUCACAAACAUGUUUACCCGUCUUGAAACAUGUGCAGGAAGGUUGUUAAGUCUUCAUUGUCUGUUGCAGAUAAACAGAGAGCAGAGGAAAGGGACAGGGAUUCAGAUCAGACAGAUCUCAAAUUUAAGGAAAUUCAGAACCUUAUUUUUUCAGGAACAUGUUCACACAUGCAUCAGUCUAUGUUUGGUGUAAAAGUGUGUGUGUGUGUGUGUGUGUGUGUGUGUGUGUGCGUGUGCGUGCGUGCGUGCGUGUGUGCGUGUGUGUGUGUGUUAAUAUCACUGUAAUAAGUAUACAGAUUCAAAACACAAACAUAUCAGUAGAAAACAUACAAUCAACUGUAGUAAGCAGUGAAGAGGAUACAGCAGAGAAACUCUGCCCAUAAACAAGGUUAUUGCCCUGCCCAUGUGCCUGUCAUGAAUGAUCUAGACUCUUACCUGCUGUGUGUUCACACAUCAGCUCACACUGACUUUCUGUUGACUGUUCACAGGAGGCUAGAGGAGAAAGUCACCUCGAAGUCAGGGUGAAAAAUUAGCGACCGUGUGUGAAAAUGCUUCAUGGUCCAUGUACCAAGUGUUAAAAAGCCGGAUUCUACCAGGCUGUCGUCACAAGCAUACACCAGAUGAUGAUCAAUUCUUUAAACGUUUUCAGAUGAAAAGUUUUCUUGUCAUGAGUAAAAUAAGGCACUAUUUCACUUUAAUUAAUUCGGGUUAUGAAUCUGGUUCUGUUUAUUGAUCCCAGUUCUUAUCAAGUCCCAAUUCUGAUUCAAUGAUUUUUGAGAAGAUAAAAAGAAUAUUUAAAAACAAAACCUUGUCUGAAUUUUUUGUCGGGACAUUUAGAUUCUCAAAAGUGAAGUGUCUUUGAUGAAAAACAGUUUUUUAUUUUCCUCCAAGGAUGGAUUGACAGGACUUGGUGCAUGCUGUGUGUCUCUGUGUGAAUGUAAGCACAGCUGUAGUGUCUCUUCUGGAGGGCUGAGUUUAUUCCCCUUAACCCCUCUCAUGAAGCUGUGUUUGAGGGUCCAUGUAUAAAGCAUGUUCAUGACUCUGUGUGGCUGUGUCUCAGUCAGGACUGACCCAGGCUGUGCGGGACAGUAAGAUCAGCCUGGAGCAAGCGGAGUAUGAGUUCCUGUCCUUCAUCAGACAGCACACUCCUCCUGGACAGUGUCCUCUUGCCGGUGAGUGACUUUUUUACACCUGCAGCAUCACUGUGAAAUAACUUAUCCUACAGAGGUGUCCUGUGAUUGUCCUCCUGCAGGAAACUCUGUACACGCAGACAAAAGGUUCCUGGACAAGUACAUGCCUCAGUUUAUGUACCACCUUCACUACAGGAUCAUUGACGUCAGCACCAUCAAGGAGCUGUGCAGGCUAGUGUCCACACUCUCACUGUCUGUGUGUCUGUGUGUGUUUGUGCUGUUUAGAGGACCUUACAUUGUGUUUGUGAACCUGCAUUUGCCACCUGUCACACACCUGCUGUUUGUGGUGUGUGUAGGUAGAGCUCUGAUUUGGAAACAGUCUAUGAACAAAGCCUUUGUAAUUAGAUUAGUGUCUGUUCCUGCCUGGUUGAUGGUGUCUAUCCUGCUCAUCUUAUUAAGACCUUUUAAAGUAGAUUCACUCAGCAUGACAUCAGAAUAAUUCAGUUAUUUUCCAGCAUCCUCUGUAUAUGAUAAUGCUAAUGAGGCUAACAUUGUCUGUUCUUCCAAAUAUUUAGACGAUGGUUUCCUGAAGAAUACAAGAUGACACCUCAGAAGAAAGGAACCCACAGGUACACAGUGAGAAUAAACAAGAGCAGCCCCUUUUACACAUGUACUAAACUCCUAAAAUAUGUCCAGACUUGAUCCAGGUAAGCUGCUUGUGUGAACACAAACAGACCUGGCUUCGCCUGGCCUUGUUUUCUAUGAGCCCCGUAGUGAAGUUUCAACCAAAAAAGUCAAGUUGAAAUCAGGAAAAUUCACUGUGAGUGAGUGAAGGAGAUGAUGUUUGUGUCAUCAUUGUGCACAAAAUGAAGAUGCUUGAUCAUCUCCUUUGCUCCCAUAUACUGUUAUGUGUCCAAUUACAUAUAGCAUUAAGAGAGACAAAUACUAUCAACAAAGAUUCAGACUUUGCUUCACUAGACAUCUGGGACAUGUUGAAGAACUGCUGAGGGAAAUUUAUAGGGAAUAUAUAUGUGUGUAUGUAUAUGUGAAAAGGGCUGAUUAUUGACUUUAGUUUUAUAGUUUGAAGACAGAAAGUUUUUGAUUACAUCAUAAGUUUUCAGAUUGUGAAAAUCAAGUAAAAUAAUUAUUAACCUCUGUCUGUUUGACAACCCCUCAACACAAAACUCCUCUCAGAAGCCUUAGAUUAGUAUACAUUAGACAGCAUCACAAAUAGGGAUGGGUAUCUCCAGGGUUAGGUUGACUCCAAUACUGGUAUUUUUUUUUUAAUGAUAUGCGUGUUUACACUUUGCAUAAACAAGAACUGAAAACAUGGAAAAGUUAAAAAGUCAUAAAAAGUGACAGGAAAGUUGAUCUGUCUGUGAAAUCUAUCUGAUUAUUAUUCAUACAACCCAGGGGUGCUUAAAUCUUUAGUGAACUGUGUCCUGCAUUAUUCUGACUCCGGUCUGUUGCCAUAUUUCCAGUAUUACAUACAGCUCCAGUACCUAAAGUUGGAUUUGAUGGUUUGCAAACAAUCUAAACUGUAUAUUUGGAUUGAAAACAGUGGAAAAACAACAUGCCAAAUGUUAACAAAUUUAUUGUCAUUUUAAAUUCAAUGAUAAAAGCUGGGAUUAACUUGAGACAUUUGAGUCUCUCGCAAGUAAAAAUAAGAUUUUUUUUCAGCAUAAAAUUGCGAAGUAAACAAAGAUUUCAAUAUCUGUGUACAUAACAUCAGUGAAGAUUUAAAAAAACUGGAGAAAACUCUGUACAAAAAGGACAAGGCUGAAAACCAAUGAUGAAUGGCUGUGAUCUUCUCAGGCAGCACUAUAUUGAAUUCAAACAUGGCUCUGUAAUGGAAAUCACCACAUUAGUUCAAAAUCACUUCCAAAAAUGACUUUGUAAAGACUGUUUGUCACUGCAUCCAUAAAUGCAGGUUAAAACUAAACCAUGCAAAGAGGAAACAUUAAUAAACAUCAUCCAGAAACACCAGAGACUUCUCUGGGCUCGGGUCUGUUUAAGAUGGACUAAGGUGAAGUGGAGAAUUAUUUUGUAGUCUGACAAUCAAGUUUGACUCUCCCUCUGGAAAUCACAUUGGCUGUGUCCUCUGCUCUUAAGAGGAGAGAAGGACCUUCUGGCUUGUUAACAGCAUAAUGUCUAUGUUAUGUAGAUGUUCAAGUGCCUAUGGCAUGGGUAGCUUACACAUUUAGGAAGGCACCUUUAAUGCUGAACAAUAAAUUCACUCAACAAGACAACCAAACCAGAUUUUGCAGGAACUACAAAUGCAUGGCUCUGUUAAAGAAGAGUCCAGGUGCUAAACUGACCUGCCUGCAGUCCGUACUUGUCCAAAAUCAUUAGGUGCUUCAUGAAAUGAAAAAUAUACCAAAAAGGGACCCCAAACAGGGACCCCCAGUUUCUACCCUGAUUCAUCAGUGUUAAAGGAUGAACAAAUAUCAAACUUCAUAAAAGUCAUGCAGCCAUUUUGUCAUCCAAAAACCAGGGGGGAAUUUCCUCCAUAAGGAAACCACACCUUAAAUGCUGCACUCACUAUUGUUCCUGUUGACAGUGUAAAUGAACAGUGCUGCAUAGAAACCAUUCAUCUACUUUAGAAACAUGUUUCAGACUCCAUCUGCUCUCUCAGCUAAUCAGAGUGUAUUGAGUAGUUUUAUAUCAGGUGAGUCAUCCAAAGCAUGCAGUUAAAGGUCUUUGUGUUCUUCAGAGCGCUGGACGACAUCCGGGAGAGUAUCAAAGAGCUGCAGUUCUACAGGGUCAACAUCUUCAAAGAGACCACGGAGGAGAAGAAACGCAAGAUCACAGAGAACGGAGGCAGGAACAACAGCCAGCUCACAUGAGAGACUGAGGAGCUGUUUCACCUUCAUUGAGAGUGAUUCCUGUCUCCUUUACUUUAUUUCUGUUCAUAUGGAGCUGACCCAGGAACUGUUCUUAUGUUAUGAUCACAUUACACUGCAGAGGUUUAAUAAGAGGGUUAGCAAUGAUUCCUUCAAAGAGGAACUUUUGAAUGAGAACUUUAUUGUUUUGCAGUUUUUGUAAUGUUCAAACCUCUUUACUCUGACUUCAUUUUGUUUUGUUUUAAAUUGAAACCAAAUAAACUGGUUCAACACUCAUGUGUCACAUUCAUCACACUCAAUGAAGCUUAUUCAUGUAGGAACAAGAAUUCAAGAUGUUCCCAAGGACAUGAAACUGUAAGAUGUAGUAGUACACCAGUCAGUGCCUGACCAUUGUGGUGAAGAAAGAGUUGAGCUACAAGGCACAGCUUUCAGUUUGCGUUUAGAUCUAUGUCCCAACCUUCACCUAUAGUCAAGAGUUUUGGAUAGUGACUUAAAGAAUGAAAAAUUUGGAUACAAGUGGCUGAAAUGAGUCUUCAAAGGGUAGCUGGGUUCAGCCUUGGAUAUAUACGAUAAGAAGAACUUAAUUGAUCCCCAAAGUGAAAUUCAAGG